GACCGGGCAGGAGGUGUUGAAAGCUUUAGCCAGAGUCCAGGGUAGACCUUUGGACUUACACUCAUCCUGCACGUCCCGGGCUGUCAUAUCCAAGCACAGAGCAUAGCCUGCAACGUGCUCCAUAGCAGCGGACUGAGAGAUGGCGGUGCCUCCUUUCCCGAUGACGACUCCUAGCUCCACUUCAUGGUGCAGGUUGCUGGAGUACAGAGUGCCUGUGGUGGAAAUCCACGUCCAAGCAGCUGCCCUCCUUCACAGCGUAGAGAGGAAGUCAUCUCUGGUGGAGCAAGCAAACAUGAGGAUUGAACUUGUGCCUGCACUCAGUGACAACUACAUGUACCUCCUGAUAGAUGUGGACUCCAGAGAAGCAGCUAUUGUUGACCCUGUGGAACCAAAUAAGGUUGCGGAAGCCGUCAGAAAACAUGGCGUAAAACUCACAACAGUUCUGACCACUCAUCACCACUGGGAUCAUGCUAGUGGAAACAAGAAGAUGCUGAAGCUCGUUCCAGGACUGAGAAUCUAUGGAGGAGACGACAGAGUCGAUGGUCUAACAAAGAAAGUUUCUCAUUCCAGCACUUUUAAAAUUGGAUCACUCGAUGUCAAAUGCCUCUUUACGCCAUGUCACACAACUGGGCACAUCUGCUACUACGUGACAAAAGAAAACAGCACAGAGCCGCCAGCUGUCUUCACAGGGGACACACUGUUUGUGGCUGGCUGUGGUAAAUUUUUCGAGGGUACAGCUGAACAGAUGUACAAAGCCUUGAUAGAAACUCUGGGACACCUGCCUCCUGAAACGCGUGUUUACUGCGGCCACGAGUACACCGUCAGCAACCUGAAAUUUGCGCGUCAUGUGGAACCAGACAAUGAAGUCAUUAAGGAGAAGCUAGCAUGGGCAAAGGAGAAAUGCAGCGUGGGAGAACCCACCGUUCCGUCCACUUUGGCAGAGGAAUUCACAUAUAACCCUUUCAUGAGAGUAAAAGAGACGUCCGUGCAAGACCACGUGAAGCAGACAAACCCAAUUGAAACCAUGAGAAGUCUCCGGAAAGAAAAGGAUUCCUUCAGGGUGCCUAAGGAGUGAUGACCACUGCACUCAUGCUGACUGUUUGUUAACAACUGCUCACAACACUGCAAGCUGUCAAUAGUGUAUUACGGGACAUAAUCUACAUUUCAUCUUCAAGCCGCUAUAAAUAGAUCUACUUCAAUAACUCACACAAUCACCUUUUAUCAUUACAUUCAGCCGUAUCAUGGCUAUAAACUUGUUUUAGGUAUGUUCUGUUUGUUUGAAUGAUGCUGGUGUGAUCGUUUUAAGGAAUAUAUGGCCAUUCAUUGAAUGCUCUAAAUGAGAAAUGAGUUUGUUCAUCUGUAAAUCUGAGUUUUAGAGUCUAUUUAGUGUCCUGUUGUAAUAUAUCAGUGUACAAACUACUACUCAUUAAGUGUUAAUUAAAAAAAAUUAACAUGACAGGAGCCGUCUGAGGAACAAAUGUUAGAAUAUGUGUAAAAUUUCUGUAAAUUGAUAAAAUAUUUUCUUUGUCUGUAAAGAUUCAUAUCAACUUAAAUGUUCCUCAUGGCAUUUCUUUACAUAUUUGCUCGGAGGCUUUUAGUUUCAUUGUUAAUUACGUCAAAUCUGGCGCAAGCGCUUUUAAUUUCUUCCUUUAUUUAAAAGCAUUCUGUGAGCCAAGCUUUGCCUACUCAUCGGUGUGUCAGCAUUAAAUGUUAGAUGCCCUAAAUGCUCUUUUGCAUGUGAAGUACAAUCUUACAAAGAAUACUUGCAUGAUGUUCUUUGGAAAUAGGCAAUAAAACAUUUAUUUUAAGUCCGUAGAAAUAAAAGUCUUGCAGUCA